ACAUAAUAGUUCAUUUUACCUACAUAAAAUGUUUUUUGCAAUCAGAAUAUAAUAGAAUAAUUGGAGUAUUGUACGAAAUCGUCAUCUGUGAUUUUUAAUUCCGUGGAUUGUCGUUUAAUCUAUUGAUCUCUAGUUUUUUAUUUUUGUAGUUUAAUGAUUGAAUAUUAGUUAUUCAUUUUCAUUUUCCUAUGUAAAAGAGCUAACUAAAUGAAAACUUGAUCAAAUGGAAUUUUUUCGUUAGUUAUUAAUAAUAUCGUACACAUUUAAGGUUAAAAAUGUCUGCUUAUACCACGCCUCGUAAAUCUCUGCGAUUUCGCAAUAAUGAACCAUCUCCUUUUUUUUCAAAUCGGAAAAGAGAAUUAUUUCCUGUUGAUAAUUGGGAUGAAGAUAGUCAUGAUAUAUCACCUCUACAAUCUUCUCCUGAAGUAUAUGACCCUGGAUUGGCAACUCCAGAAACUCCUAUUAAUGUAAAUCAUACAUCUAUCACUGAAUUGAGUCCUUCUGUGAGUGAUAAAUUUGAAAGGCUUAUGACUGAUCCAAAAAAUGGUAGUGUAGAUUCUGCUACUAUUAUUAUCGAAGAAACACCUAAUUCUAGAUGUUUUAAAAACAUUAAUAAAACGCCCUUCGAUUCAGACACUAACAGAGAAGUCAAAACUCCAUCAAAAAAAGUUCUUGGAUUAAACAAAUCAUAUGAUUUUAAGGAAGGAGUUGUUCUAGCUAGAUCGUUUUAUGGUGGUAACCAGGUUUCACUUGAAGAUUUGCGUGUUAAAAGAUUUAAUAGAUUACAUAGUAACCCAAAAGUUAAAGCAAAGUUGUUUAAUGAAAGUAAAUCAACAAGUAAAAAAAGAGCAAGAUCAUCUAGUCAUGAACGUAAAUCAAAGAAACCAUGUACUGCUGUCAAUUUAUUCCCAGGAGUUAUGCUACCAUAUAAAAAAAAACCAGUUCUUAAAAAGAUAAUAAUCAAAACUGAAGUAGUAGAAGAAAAUAUGGACGUUGUAGAAGAAGUCAAUGAUGUAAGGAAAAAACAUAUAGAAACUCCUAAGUUUAACUCUUUCAAAAAAGAUGUUUGGGCUGAGCAUGUCAAAUUAGAAAAACCUGAAAGAAUUAAAAUAGAACAGCCUGAAAAUAGGAAAUUUUUCAAAUCAAAAGUAGUUCAGAAUACUCCUUGUAGAGCAGAAAACAGUUUCAACUUGAAUGUUGUAAAUUGGGGAGAUGAAAACAGAAUGAGUACUUUCAUUAAGAAUGAAUCGUCUGAUUUUGAUAAUUCAGAAGUAUUAGAUGAUGAUGCUAUUGAAAAAAUUGGACAAGAAGUAUCUGAUUUGAUUGAAUUAUUAGAUGAUGAAGAAGAUACACAUUGUACACCUAUUCGAUAUCCCGGUCUAACUGUGAUAUCACAAAGUAGUCACAAUGAAUAUGAUGAAAACUCUCCCUUUGAUUAUGUUAAACAAACGAAAACAAUUAGGGAAAAUCCUAAUAAUGUUCAAAACUCUGAUAUGCCUGACUUGAUUAAAGAUGCUUUUAGCUUUAAUGAUAGCUUAGAAGAAAAAGAACAAGUAUUCAUAAAUUAUAACUCAAGAAAAACUCAGUUAAAAGAUAUUUCAAAUAACCAAGAACCAGAAGAAGUUAAUAUGGAAAUAACUGAUUGUAUAUCAGAUAACAAUUUUAAUAAAAGUAUGUCUCCACAAGAAAAAUUAUUUCCAAUUUUUACUAACAAAACCCCAUCUCCAAAUCAUUAUGUUCGUGCACUCAAUACUGGUAAAUCAACUAUUAGAAGAGUAAAAAGAAUUGUUGAUGCAGCUCAGUAUCAAAUUGAUGCUGGUCAAAAGAAAUUUGGAGGCUUUUUCUGUAAAGAGUGUGGACUCUAUUAUUCAAGAGGUGAACCUGAAGAUGAAGCUGAACAUGAUAAGUAUCAUGCAGCUAAACACAUAUUUAAAUACAAUGUUAUCAAGAAUGAAAAAAUAGUAUUUAGAGAUGAAGAUGAAAGAAUUAUUGUAAUAUCUGGUUCAGAUAGUAAAAAUUUGUGUACUAAAGCAUUAGAAGUACUUUCCUUUGUUGAUCAAGAACUAGGAUUUAGUACAUUUAAUACUGUUUUACCAGUUACUAAAAAGGUUUAUCUAUAUAUAAGAAGUAAACAAGUGAUUGGAUGUUUAGUUGCUGAAAUAAUAUCCCAAGCCUACCGUAAUUUAGAAACUGGUACUGAAGAUAUGGUGAUAGUCUCUGAAGAAUCAUAUCCUGCCAAAGUAGGAGUGAAUCGUAUUUGGACAAAAUGGGAUUGUCGACAAAAAGGGAUUGCAACAAAGCUGUUAGAUUGUUUUAGGAAAAACUACACAUAUGGCCAUAUAUUAUCAACUGAUGAAAUUGCAUUUACCGUGCCUACUCGUGCUGGUAAACAAUUCAUUAAGAAAUAUACAAAUAGAAGUGAUUAUUUUGUGUAUACUGGUUGGUAGUAAAAACAAUCUACUUUCUAAUUAUAUUUAAUUUUUCAACUUCUUUGCUAUAAUUUAGUAUAGAAUCUUAUUAUAAUAUUUUGUAAUAUCUACAUAGACCAAGUUUCAAAUGUUAAGAAAACUUAUGUUUGAAACUAUCCUUCUUAAGCUAAUUUUUAUUACAUCACACUUAAUAUUUUUAUUUAAUUUUGAUCUUUAAUUAAUUAAUAUAAAAUAAAAAUGAGUUAAAAUAUUACAUUUAUGACAUAUGCCAUUAAGAAACAAAAAAAAAUCCAUUGACAAGAUUUUUUAUCUAAAAAAACCCAUGUAUGAACAUGGGGUAAUACGAGAACAUUUUUCCUAUUCCAUAUAUUUUUAUAAACUUUUUUUUUUAUGAAAAUAUGUUAUAUUCAAUUGAAAUGUAUUUUUAUCAACUGAUGAUUUGUAAUUAUUUUUUUAAGUUGUAGUAUUUGUGUAAAUGUUUUCUAGAGAUUUGAAUUAUUUUUAAUUUUAAUAAAGUGUUUUAUACAA